AUGCCUCCGAAGCGCAAGUCCAAAGCCGUGGGCCUGGCCGAAGUGUCCACACCCAAGGCCGCAUCUACGCCCGCACGCGACGACGAUGCCAUGGACGUCGACACCCCACAGGCGUCCGACACCCCUCGCGCUGCUGACACUCCCACGGCUAUCAAGCCCAGUCUGCCGCCUCCCUCCGAGAUCCUCAGCAACCUCUGGACCGACGAUCAGGAAUCCUCCCUGUUCAAAGGCGUCAUCCGAUGGAAGCCCUCAGGCAUCCACAAGCACUUCCGCAUGAUCGCCAUCUCGGAGCACCUGCGCAACCACGGCUUCGACCCGGACGUCGAGACGCACACCCGCAUCCCUUGCAUCUGGAAGAAGCUGCGCCUCUUCUACAACAUGGACGCCAUCGACGACCGCGACAACUCCUUCGACUACGUCAAGGGCCAGGAGCAGGACGAACCCCCCGAGAACAAAUACCACGACUUUGACCUGCCCGCCAACGAGUUCCACGACCUCAUGUGGGCCCGCGCCAUGGCCGGCCCCGGCGAGGAGUCCGUCACCGCCCCGUCCCCCACCCCUGAUAUGGACGUCGACGGCGCAGCCGCGCCACCGCCGCCAGCAGCAUUGGGGGGCAGGAAGCGGAAGCGCGGCGGCACCAACGCCACCGCCAUCGCUGAGACGGCCAGUGUCGCGGGCAGCAGCACGGCAAAGACGCGGCGGUCGAGCACCGUCGAUGACACGGACCGGGAAACGCCCUUCCCCAGCAGCCCCGCGGGACGGGCGACGACGGCGAGGACAGCGCGCAGCCAGAAGCGCGCCGCAGCCAAGGCCAAAGCGGAGAGCCUCGAGCCGCCCGACGGCGACGAGGGGAGCUCAAGCGGCGACGAGGAGGAGGAGGAGGAGGAGGGGCACCACCAACAAGAUGAGGAGGAUCGCCGCGGUAGGGGCGGUCGGGGUGGCAGCAACGACAACAACGAGGAGGAGGAUAGCAGCGAGCCAGAGAGUGACAACGAGGUGGCAGCGGCCGAAGCCAGCACUGCCGCCGCCGCCGCCCCUGCCCCUGUCCCUGCCCCUCUCCCUGCCGCCGCCGCCGCUGCUGCUGCUCCGCCGCCGGCUACGCGGUCGGGGCAGGCCGUAAGCGAGGAUGACAAUAGCAAUGGUGACGGCGGCGAUGACGACGGUGGCGACAAGAAAGGAAAGAAGCCAGCAGCAGUGGCCGGGGGGAGGGGGGGGGCCCAGAUCCGAACGUGCGCGAUGGUGCCGUAG